UCGUUCGUUCGGUUGCGUAUUAUCGAAGUGAGCGCAGGAAGAAAAAUGGCGCGUGUUCGCGGGUGGUCGCAUUUUCGCUAAAAAGUUGCACAAAUUCGUGUUAAAUCUGUUCAAAAAUAGGCUCAAGUGAGAGUAGCAGCAGUGUGUAACCGGAACAUGUUAAAAUUUCAAAGUUAAAGUGUGGAUUUUGCGGUUUAAAAUGUGAAAAUUUUAGAAGCGGGUCACUUUUUGCUUGGCUUCUUUGGAGUUUUCCUACUGUAGCGGUUUUCGGUGGCACGUACACCAGAAGGCGGCAGACGAACCGAUCUCACCCACACACUGAUAGUUUCGUGAAGUGUUUUGAAUAUGAAUGACCUCUCGAAAAAAGAGUGAUAAACAAAAAGUUCGGUGUUUGGUAAACAUGCAACUUGUGCAGUUUUGAAGUGGCAUAGUGUUUGUAUUAAAUUUACCAGCAACCUUUAGGUGGAAAACCCUGAAAUGCUGCAUCAAACCUGACUAAAGCUAAAUGAGGUGAAAAGUACGGCUUUCGCAAGGUAUAGGGAAAGGGUCGCACCUGAAUGUCGGAGGCAUGGUAUCGCCCUCCAAAACCAAAUACUCGAGGGUCGCAGCCAAUCAGCACCAGAAAACGACUUCCAACAAAGUAAAACUCGUGAAAGGCCCGAGACCCUUGAUAUACCACCGUUUUUACUUGGACGUUCAAAACUACAAACUUGCAAACAAGAUCGAAUACACGAUCAAGGAACUCGGUGGCAAAAUUGAAUUCUUCCUAAACAAAGAAAUCACCCAUUUUAUCACCGAUAAGGAGUACCACCAGAACCAGCAAACUCAGGCUCAUCUUGCGGACGGCCUGAACGGAGGCCCUUCGAGCUAUCAGCAAUCGCCGGGAACACCUACGACACCGUUAACACCGAAGACACCACUUUCCCAUCCGUACUAUCAUCGGCAAUAUAUAAACGAAGCAUCCCCGUCGUCACCAUGCGUCAGUACAACUCCUUCGGCUUCGGCCAGUGGUACAACGGUGGUAGCGGUCAGUGCUGCAAGGGUCAACACCGGCAGUGAGUAUAAGGGUAAACCACGCAGCCGUGCGGAUGCUAUGCUCCAGCGAGUGCGCCAGCAAAACCAAAACAACAGCAACAACCAUUCGAGUGCAUCCAACAAUCAUCCCUCGGCGACAUCGGCCCGGUCCCGACCGGAAAGUCCGUGCAGUCCGGCUCUUCCCGUGUCGGCAACACCCGUAGCACCAACAAUCACCACAGCAUUCCGUCUCGAUCGCAACAGCCAGAGUCCGGUACAGUUGGCCAAAUCCUGGGGUAAACCGGUUUGGUCCACCGAGUACGCGAUCAAGUUUCUGAAAAAGGUGAUCGAAACCUGCAAAGCGGAUCCGGAUCUGUGCUCCCUACCGAAACCAUCGGCAGCGGCAAAGAAGGCUACCAAUUUGCAGCAUUUGCGGGGGGAUUUCAUUAAGAUCGAAUCUUUCCAACGGCAUUACAGACCGGCGUUUCAACUGUUCAAAAAGUGGCCGUGGUUGAAUCUGAAUGCGAAAGCCAACAACUCUCCGUUCGACAGCGAGCGGGAAAAAUCGGUUACACCUAGCGUUGUUGCCCCAGCGGAUGUCACUGCGGUAGCCAGUACCAGAACCGCCAAGGAAGCAACCACAACACGGGUGGAAAACAGUGUGAAAACAACCGCCACAACCAAUGCAACGGCAAAGCAACAGACUCAUCUGCAGCAACAGUGCGGUUAUUGUGAAAUUUGUCGGAUCGAGUAUGAUGUGUUGGCGAACCAUCUAGUCGCGGAAGAGCACAGUGCAUUUGUGAAGAAUGACUCUAAUUUUGUGGCGUUGGAUAAACUAAUCAGUGAAGGUGGUGUGGGAUUGGAAGCAUUUUUAAGUGAAAAUAAUAAACUUGUCGAAUCGUUUGUGGAGAAAGAGAAAGAAGAUAACGAAGAUAGCGGAACUUGUGAGGACAAUAUUUUGAAAGAAGUGUGGCAGGAAGAGAAGAAACAGGAAUCGGAUAGGAAAGACCGAUACAGUGGAAUAGAAGAAGGACCCCCCAAAGUGAUAAGAACUUAUUCGAAGAAAUCAACCCGUGAAACACCCGACCCAGGCUCAAGAUCUUCUCCUCCAGUGAAACGCACAUACGCUGGUAGAAGAGUUGCCAAACAGUCAUCGAUAGCUUCAGCAGCUCCGGCAGAAACUGCGGCACAGGGAGUGCCGAACUCAAAGUCGUCCACAAACGCGUCCGAAUCGCAAAUGUUUGGACGACGCUCGGCGAUCUACCAUCAUCCUCAUAACACAUUGAAUCAUCAUAAUCAUCAAAAAGUGAAGGCAGCUAAGCUGGUUCAGCAAGCCAUACUGAACAACGCGACGAGUGCAGCCGAACUGGUCAUAUCGGUUGCGAAAGAACUGGAAAACCAACAACAACAGCAGCAGCAGCAACAGAAGAAGAAGCAGGCUUCUGUCCUCGACGCAGGGACGAAUGAAAUGAAAGUGCUCAACGACAACAGUUCCACUAGCGAGAAGGAGAAAGAGCGUCAAUCGAAGCGCAGUGCAGCGGAUAGAAUGGGACUGAAAGGCUCCACCAUCAAGCCGGUAAGCCAUCCGGUUGACCUGAUGGAGUGUGAGGGAUUGGAUCCGAAGAAUACCAAACGGAUCAGUUUGGGCUUGCGGCAGAAUCCUAAGCGAGCUAAUUUAAACGAAGAUUUUACCAGUUUGCUCGAUGAAACGUUGGGUCCGAUGCGGAAACCUCGGGUGAGAAGAGAAUCCGCCAAACGGGUCAAUUAUUCCGAACCCAGAGAGGACGAAAUUGCUUCCCAGGAGGAAAUUAUGCAAAGUAUUUUGGAGAGUACGGCGAAGGAAGCUUGUGAAAAUGGGAAGAAAAAAUCAGGAUCUCCCAAGAGGCCGUUGGAUGUCAAGAUCCGUGGCAUUCGCUGGAGAGCCCCAUCCCCUCAAGCACGACCACCCGUCAAAUCUCCGCUUCUUUAUAAAGUUAUUGAGGAAUCCAAGCCGAAAAACAAGAAGACCACUUCUCCUACCAAGGAUUCGAACGCAAGCGGCAGUCAUAGUAAAGCUAACAAAAAUGGUCUUAUUGUCAAAAUACGGAGGGUUCGACAAUCGGAAUUGAGUUUACUGAACGAUGAAGCGGAAAAUUUCAUGUUUCCCAAGAAAGACGAUAGCUCGGAAGAAGAAACGGACGAAGAUCGUCAGACAACAUCGGAAACGGGCCCGGGAGAAUUAUCACAGGAAAUGCAGAGCAGUGAUUACGAUUGUCGAAAUUCCAGCAUGCGAAAAUCGGCCGGAACACCUGCCCCAAGAGGAAAACGAGGGGUCUCGAUGCCAGCGGCGUCGAAAUGUUCCCCCAAUAAACGGGCUGCCAAAGAGUCGAAUCAGGAAUUGGUUUCAACGCCAACGACGACGGGUUCGCGCCAGCAACGGCGUCCGAAUCGAAAUAUUGCAGCACUUUUACACGACAAUGCCGAGUAUUACAAAUUUCCUGAUCCGGGAUCUAGGUUGCGAUUUCCGGAAGCCCCCAUCCAGCCAGGCCCAGAAGUAGAAGAUGAUGAAAAUGCCACAAUGGCCGCACCACGUGCCGUUGGUAGGAAGCGCGCUAAAAAAUGUUCGCGCGGUAUGAUGCCAGCACCGGCCGCCACGGUGACCAGCAGCUGUGCCGAGAAGCAGAAGCAGCAGUUACUGCUUGGAACCCGCGCGUCACCGACGUCACCCUACCAGCAUCAGGAACUGCUGUCCAACUGUGGCAAAAAUAUCAUCAACUACGUCAAGGGGAAGGAGGAUGGGAUGGGGGUAUUCAACUGGAGCACAUUUAGUCGAAACUGUAAACAGAUUGAACCGUAUCGGUUCGCCUUCGAGCGCGUUCCCACACUGGAACCAUGGUAUGAAACGUUCCAGCGACAGGACGAGUGCAGCGAGAAGAUGUACGAGUACUUUGGGAACACCGCUUACCGAAAACUGCCAUACGAGAUGGGGCCACUGCCUCCGUUGAGACAAAACUGCUGCAUCCUAAACUAUCGGAUGAAAUCAAAAACGCCUGAAUCAACGGUUCCAACCACUUCCUGCAGCAACAACAUUAGUACGAAUAGUACAGCCAGCUGCAACGAUCCAUCGGCUGAUACAACGAAUACAACCACUGAUACUACCACUCCCGGUACGGCGGCGAAUGUCACUGCGGACACUGCAUUAGCGGAAGAUGACGAAAAACAGCUUCUGACGUUGCCGCUGAAAAAACGAAAACAUCUUAUCGAUGCCGACCGGCCAAGGAAAAGUCCCCGCGAACAUGCGUCCACACUCGCCAUCCUUAGUUUACUGCACCAGCAGCAGCAGCACAACCGGAGGAGGACGAUCAGCGGCUGUAUCAAUAUUCCAAUGACCUGCAGCAAUUUCACUCUGCCGAGUCCAAUUUACAGUCCGAAAAAGGCAGCAAUUCAGCAGCAGAAACAACAGGAUGGUGACUCGGCACUGGGUGACGAAAUCCGUUCGUCCUGCGGUAGUGAUCCGAUCUCGGAGAAGGAGGUGCCAUCCGAAGAACCUAAUAAGAUUAAGUUUGAUCCUCCGGUGUUGGAGGAAAACUUUGUUGACUAUAAAAUGUUGUGUCAAGAAUUGGAAAGCUUUUUGAAUGUGAAGACCGAUACGGACGAUGAUUUGCAGCUGGAUGUGGAAGCGUUUCCACAAUCGAAAUUUGUUCCGAUUGGGCUAACUGCCAACGAGGCGCCGAUCAAGCGAGAUCUGCUGGAUAUCGUGCAAACCUGUGAUAAGGAUCCACCGCUCACCCUGAAGUUGGUCAGCCGGCACGAAAGCGUGGUGCGAAAAAUUGUGCAGUACGAUCGAAAACCGCGUCCGCUGGCCGCCGUUUCGAUCAAGUCCUUCGACGGUGGAGGAAGCAUAGGCUUCUUCAAGAAGCGCAUCAACCGUACCGGGUGGCCGAAUGCGAAGAAACGUAUCGUAACGAGGAAGCAGCAGCUACAACAGCAGCAGAUGUUAAAAGUUAAGAAGGAGGAUGAUGUGGUUGAAGAGGUAAAGCAGGAGGACGUAGUAGCGGUGCCGGAAGCGGAAGGUUCGAGGAAGUCAUCCACGGAGGAGUCACAAGUUAGUGGAUCUUCGGGGUUGGAAAAGUUGAAGCAGGAAGACGAGGAGGACGAAGAGGAUGUUGAAGAUGAUGACGAUGAUGAGUUCGAGGAUACGCUGACAAUGUUGGAUGAUGAGGAAGCACCAGCCAACGGGAAAGUAGAUCCAAGCGAUGAUGAAGAAGUAGUGCUGGUGGAGACACCGAAGAAGAUUGCAAAUGAACCUCCACCAACUCCCGAACCGAGUCAAAUAGAGGAAAUUAUUAUUCCGAAUCGUACCAGCACCCGUCCCCCGCUACCAAGCAGCAGAUACGUAACCAAAACCACGACCACGAUGACCCGCAUAGACUAUAACGUUCCCACACCAUCGACGUCAGCGGUAGUGAAUACGAAUUCCACCUCCUCAACAGCGGCGGCGGUGGUGGUGCCUAGCGAAGAACAACAGCAACCGCAACAGGUUCCCAACACCGUUCGAAGUAAACCCAUUGCCAACAGCGUCCGUGGCGUGUCCUGUCCACCGGUGGCUUCCGUCACUGUCAGCGGCGGCGGACACCACGAGGACGAUGACAAGGAGUGUGAUUCGAUCAGUUCCCGCAGUAUAUUCGUUAGUGACGAUUGUGAUACGACCUCUUCGACACUGAUCAACAUGUGCACUGAGGACCCGCUUGCCAUCACUCGGCCAGGAACGCCGGCAUCCCAUCGGAACAGUGCAACGCCGCAACCGGUCGGUCUAGCCGAUGAGCAACCGGAGCGUGCCACCUCACGGUCACGAGUGAACAAUACCCGCCAUUUAGCCUACGGACCGAAGAAGCGUACCACUUCCGAAUGUAUCGGCAAAUCAUCCUCCCUCCAGCCAAUCGUCUGUAUCGAGAAGCUGAACUGCUCCUCGAUGCGAACGCGAUCCUCCUCACGUACACCAGUCAAAACGUACAAACGAUCCAUUUUCACCAGCGCUCUGGUCAAUUCUUCCGGCAUACCGCUCAAGAGGAAAAGGAAGAAAAAACAUAAACUGAACGGCACUAGUUCCUCGGCAUCUGCCGGUACAUCAUCGCCCAGCUGCUCAGACGAACUGAACUCCGCCUCGUCUUCGCCAGCUUGUGACGAACUGUCGACCAAUAAUGGUAACACUGGACCGGAGGAAACGUCCCCUCGGCGAACAGGCAAAAGUCGACCGGUAACGCCCAGUCCGCUCAAAUUCUCACCCCGAAAGCUUCGGAAACCCCGGGGGAGGUGGUACAGGGAAAGAUAGGUAAGUUCCUCUCUGCAUCAGAAGAAUUAGUACUAGUAAUAAUAGUAGCAGCAUAGUAGUAAUCUUAGGUUAUGUUUGUGUGUAAGCUGGGCAAAACAAAAAGGACGCCAAAAUUUGCCAGUUGACAAUUGAUUGUGAGAAGCAAAAGGCUAAAAGUAUACUGAUAUUUAUUGGCGGGCGAAUCCCAUUGGGCUAUACAUUUUGAUUGACACACACACUCCCCCUCCUCCUUGGUUUUUGUUGUUGAUUGGGCGUUGCGAAGAAGGUGUGCGGAGAGAGGGGAAAAUACCGACUGAAAACUAAAAAGCGCAGCCCUUUUACACUGUUUGUUUAAUUUUUUUUGUUCUUCACUUCGUUUUUUAAUCCGAAAAAAUCAAUUCAAUGUUUUAGUUGUAUUCCACUUGAUUUUUUUUUGAAUAAUAUUUAAUUUAGAUUUAACGCAAUUAAUUAGGAACGCGACGCAAGAGAAGAAACCAAUUACUGUUAGUUUUAUGUAUUAUAUUUCUCAAAUGCCCCUUAGCUAAUUUAUAUCAAUGAGGAAAGAAAUAAAAUCGCUAACAAAAAAGUAAACCAAUAGAAACAUAGAAA